AAAGCCCCACCCAACCAAGGGGACCCUGACCAUGCAAUAGCCGUGGUGGGGAUGAGCUGCCGGCUGCCGGGGGCCCGCAGCCCUGAGGAGUUCUGGAGCCUCCUGGCGGCAAGACAGUGCAUGGCUAGCGAGCCUCCCAACACCCGGUUCCCACUCAAAGCCCACUGGCGGAGUGAAGACCGCUUGUCUACGGUCCAUGGCAGUUUCCUCGACGAGGUCGACACCUUUGACCACCGAUUCUUCGGCCGAUCGAUUCGAGAGGCGGCCACUAUGGACCCGGCGCAGCGCCUCCUCUUCGAAGCCACCUACCAUGCCCUGGAGAGCUCCCACUACUUCCGGCCCGGCACCCAGCCCGAGACCAACGUGGGCUGUUAUAUCGGGGGCUUUGGAUCGGACUACAAAACAAUGGCA